UUUCUGCCAGUCACAUGACAGAAGGUCGGGAAAUCAGCCGUCUUCAGAUCCCGUGAUCUGACACAACUGACGGUUUCAGUUCUUUGCAGCUUUGUCGAUUUGACGACAAUUUGACUGUAAAAGUUAAGCAAAAAGCACCAUGCCUGAUAGCAAAAUUGAUUCCAUGUUGAUGAAAUUGCCUGAUGAGACAGGCAAAGGAGAUGUUAUGGCUGCCACUAGUGUUUUGCAGCAAAGGGCCAAUGAGAUCAGGAAUAAUUCCAUCAAUUGGCAGUCGUACCUCCAGUCUCAGAUGAUUGGUGAUGAUGACUACCGCUUCAUCACUGAAUUCCUGUCAUCUGAUGGAAGCAAGAGAGACUCGUUGCUUCAGAACCAGAGAACACAAUGUGCCAAGACCUUCCUGAGUCUCCUAGAGCACAUUUCUAAAGAUCAGACUGUUCAGUACAUCCUUACAAUUAUGGAUGACAUGCUUCAGGAAGACAUGAACAGGGUUGAGAUUAUCCGAGAAUACGCCAAGAAGAAGCGUGAAAACGUUUGGUCUCCCUUUCUGAAUCUGUUGAAUCGCCCUGAUACCUUUAUUCAAAACAUGACCUCCCGAAUCAUAGCUAAACUUGCUUGUUGGUCACGCGAUCCAAUGGAGGGCUCUGAUUUAACCUUCUAUUUGACUUGGUUGAAGGAUCAACUUCAAACUCCGGGUAACGAGUAUGUUCAAACCACAGCCCGCUGUCUUCAGAUGAUGCUUCGGGAUGAAAAGUACCGCCUAGUAUUUGCUGGUAUGGAAGGUGUUUCCGUUCUGGCAAAUAUCUUGUCUGGACGUAUCAACUUUCAGAUUCAAUACCAGCUAUCUUUUUGCUUGUGGGUGAUGACAUUCAGCCCGCAACUAGUGGAACAAAUGAACAAACACAAAAUCAUUCCCAUUCUCGGCGACAUCCUAAAUGAUAGUGUCAAAGAUAAGGUCACUCGUAUUAUCCUAGCCGUCUUCCGCAAUAUGAUCGAGAAACCCGAAGACGCCUCAAUGGUCAAAGAGAACUGUGUAGCCAUGGUCCAGGCUAAGGUGCUGAAGCAGCUGUCUAUCUUGCAACAGCACAAAUUCGACGAUGAAGACAUCAUGGCCGACAUUGAGUUCCUCACUGAGAAACUUCUCGCCUCUAUCCAAGAUUUGAGCUCCUUUGACGAAUACUCGACCGAAGUCAAAUCUGGUCGGCUUGAAUGGAGCCCCGUGCACAAAUCGGAGCGUUUCUGGCGUGAAAACGCUCCACGUCUCAUUGAGAAGAACUACGAGCUGUUGAAAAUGCUGGUUCACCUCCUUGAGACCAGCCGUGACACCCUGGUGCUCGCCGUUGCCUCCUACGACAUUGGCGAGUUUGUCCGACACUAUCCCAGAGGAAAGAGCAUCAUAGAACAGCUUGGUGGCAAGCAGAUGGUUAUGCAAUUGCUGGCCCAUGAAGACCCAAAUGUUCGCUACGAGGCUCUCCUAGCCGUUCAGAAGCUAAUGGUUCACAAUUGGGUCGAUUGCUUGGCAAAAAUGCAAGAGGACGAAUCCAGUCAGGAAAAUUUGGAAGCUGGGUUAAUGUUCCAAAGUAUUUUAGGAUUAAUUUUUGGAUCAACAGUUAUCAUUCUGGCUCUGCUGCUGUGUGCGUGCUUCAAAAAAACAAGGGGGAAUGCUGAUCCAGAAGAACAUAAGAAUGGAAAUAUCUUUGGGUCAUCAAGACAUUCAGCCACUCUUGAUACUGAGUUUGACGAAGAAGGCCUUAAAGGAGCUAGAGCGACAAGUCACAGAAGGUUACCUGAUCUACCAGAUCCUCUACUCAAUGGAUCAGAAAACCCUGUUGCUCGUCACAGCAGUGUAAGAAGUAGUCAAGACACCUCUUCGGAACUGUAUGCUCAGGUUGAAAUUGGAGCAAUUGCAAACUCAUUCCCAGUGAAUACUAAUUUAAAUGAAGAUUUGGAAGCUUUGAGACUUUCUACGACGACUUUUAUCACUCAGACGGAAGAAGUACCGGAAAAUCACCCGUAUGACAAAGUUAAAUCUAAUCACGGGUACUCCAAAAUUAAAAAGAAAGCUGAAAAUCCUUACGCUAAGGUAAAGCGUAGCGAUACUAUGGAGAGUGAACCUGCCGAGGCUGAUGAGAACGAGACGGAUACAGACAACUACGAUGUUGUUUACACAAUGCAUUCUGUUGAUGAAACGAGAAAAACCGAGUCUUCUCCUAAUGGAACAGCUAUAAUUGGAGCCAACAACGACAGUGCGCCUCCCCCCUUACCUCUUCCUCUUCGAGGCUCUCAUAGUAGUUUGGCUAGCGGUGGUGAAUCAAGCAGCCAUGGCCCUCGACCACCCCCUCGAGGCAGACGUGGUCACAGCAUCAUUUUGAGCCAUACGUCCUCGAAUGGAAACACUCACAGACCCAAUAGUCUGAUCUCAAGUGAUCAGGAUGUAGCUGAACCUGAUUCUAUCGAUGGCGCCGCAGUUGUUCAAGACGACGUCCUUCCCGAAGUACGCGGAACCGGCGUGGCGCAAGUUCAUUUCAGUGGCGAUUCUCAAACGUCUCAGGAUUCUAAGGGUUAUUCAAGUAUAAGCGUCCGCGAGCCAUUGGCCAACUUAAAGGCGUCGAAUCCUGGAGUUCAGGUGGGUAGGCAGAGGACUGGAUCUUCCUCACAACAGCAUCGCCAUACAGAUUCUUUGGAUCCUCAUUAUGCCACCGUUUCGGAUGCCGAAGAUUCGGAUGAGAUGUAUGCCGCCAUCGCUGAGUUACAGCCAAUAUAUGACGGAGGCGCUGGCUCUGAUACCUACGCCAAAAUCAACGAGCGUUCAGAAGCUGUUUCCGCUGCAUCAAAUAGCGGAACUGUUGCGCCUGUCGUAUCUACUGCCACUGCUGUUUUAACUCUUCCAAGCCCCGCCAGCCCUACAGUCCAGUACUUUCCAUCUGAAACGGAGCGAAUCAGUCCGUCACCGGUCCCUCCCACGCCUCCCAGCGUUGUGUCUCUCAAACAGUUAUCAACUGGGUCGAGUAGAUUACACGCGUCUACAUUGAGCAUUGCCAGUCAAACAUCCAUCAUGGGAUCUCCAAAACCGGAAAAGCGACAAGCGAAUUCGCCCUUACCACCUCCACCAGUCCCGUUAGAUUUGAGCGAUAACCUCGAUCGGUCUAGAAAAUCUAUGAAUGUUGAAGAGAUGUACGCCAAAGUUAUGAAAAAGAAGGGUUUCUCCGUUCACCCGUGGACGGUAGGAGUCGGAGAAACGGGAGCUGGCAAAAUGCAAGCCCAUCGGGGGUCCGUCGACCUUGGAUUCUUAGUUUCCAGAGAAGGAGAAUCGCUUUCGCAUAACCCAAGCCGCCGAAAUUCCGCAGACUCAACACCUCAGUCGUUGAGCAUGGAUGUUAAUGACAAUGGACAUCAAGGUUUUGGUGAGGCUCCUGUUCAAGAAAUCGUUGCACCCGUUGUUGAGGAAGACGACGACGACGAAGAUGAUUUUCGGUACGAAAUGCUUCCCGCACCGAGGACGAAGCGAGUCUCUGAAACGGACCCGGGUUACGAAAAGAUACAACUCAAAAGUGGCGAUUCAUUUAACGACCCUCGCUAUGAGCGGAUUCAUUUAAGAAACGAUGGAGAAACAGAACCAAACUACGAAGUUGUUGGAUUCCGUAGGAUGAGGUUAAGCGAGUCUAGUGAACCCGGUUAUGAAAUUGUCGAAUUGCACCAGAACCCAAGUCCAGGAUUCAGCCGACAAGAUCCAAAUUAUGAAAGUUUGCAUUAUUCCGUCCACCACGUCAUUUCCGAUCCACCAUACGCCAGUAUUGCAAUCCGAGAUGACGAUUUGAAGGAAGGAGAACUGGAAGUUAUGACGGAAGAGGUCACGGCUGAGCUAGUCGUCAAUAAUAACACGGUCGGUAUUCCCGUUUAUGCUCAGGUGAUCAAAUCGAAGAAAGUGAUGGCGCAAACCAACGUCGUCUCGGUUAUGGAAUCUCCCUUAACAUCGCCAGAUGAGGUGAAUCCAUCACCACCAAUAAGCAUUGAAAAUCAAGAUUAUUCCGUUAGCAGUAGUAGCAAGAAUACGACAAUCAUUCGAAUCAGUACUGACAGCCGGCCUCCUAUUCGUUACUUUACCGAAGAGGAUAGUUUCGGAGUCGAGUUCGGCGAGCCCGAACAAGUAUAGCCUCAAUUAACUUUAUGUAUUUUUAUGAACAGAUGAGACGGAAACAAACGUAA